AUGGGUAGAAGAGCUAAGAAUAAGCAAGGUGUUCCACCAAGUCUUGACGAAUUUCAAGCUAAGAAAGAUAGAAGAGAGCAAAGAAUCCAAGAAAGAGAAACCAAAAGAAAGAGAGAUAUCGCUUCUGUAGGAUCUCAAGCACCUCCAAAGAAACAGCACAAGAAAUUCCAAAAGAAGCAGGCCGACGAUAUUGAAGAACAUCCAGAGGGUUUACCAGAAGUUGAUUUAGAGGAAUUAUCGGCAGCAAAGAAGUCAUUAUUUGACGAUUCAGACGGAGAACAAGACGUAAACGAAGAUGACAUUGAAUUAGAAGAAGACGAUGAAGAAUUUUAUGAUUCAGAUGAAGAAGCUCGUGUCAAGCCAAUGUUCUCAGAUGAUGAUGAGGACGAAUCAGAUCUUGAAAACUUGAAUGCAGAAAAUAUGGAAGCCUUCUCCAAGCAGUUGGAUGAAGAAGAUGAGUUGGAAGCUGAGGAGGCUGAACAAGAAUUGUUAGAAGGUGCAGUCCAACCAAGAGCUAAAGUAUUACCAACCGAAGAAGAAGAAGAAGCUGCGGAAGUAGGACCAAAGGAUGUUACCAUGGUGAGAACCCGUAUGAUUGAAAUCAUCAAAGUAUUAGAAAACUUCAAGGAAUUAGCUGAAGAUGGUAAGUCAAGAGCCGACUACACCAACAGAUUGUUAAAGGAUAUAUGUGAAUACUUCGGAUAUUCCGAGUUUUUAGCAGAAAAGUUAUUCAAUUUGUUUGCACCAGCUGAAGCCAUGGAGUUCUUCGAAGCAAAUGAAAUCGCAAGACCAAUUACCAUAAGAACUAACACUUUAAAGACAAGAAGAAGAGAUUUAGCCCAAACUUUAGUUAACCGUGGUGUCAACUUGCAACCUAUCGGUUCAUGGACGAAGGUUGGAUUACAAAUCUUCGACUCUCAAGUUCCAAUCGGUGCUACACCUGAAUAUUUGGCUGGUCAGUAUAUCUUACAAGCUGCUUCAUCUUUCUUACCAUGUAUGGCAUUAGACCCUCAAGAAAACGAAAGAGUUCUUGACAUGGCCGCUGCUCCAGGUGGUAAGACCACUUAUAUCUCUGCAUUAAUGAAAAAUACCGGUUGUGUCUUUGCUAAUGAUGCCAACAAGGCCAGAACCAAGUCAUUAAUUGCAAACAUUCAUAGACUUGGUUGUAAGAAUACCAUCGUUUGUAACUACGAUGCUAGAGAAUUCCCCAAGGUCAUUGGUGGUUUUGACAGAGUGUUGUUAGAUGCCCCAUGUUCUGGUACUGGUGUUAUUGCCAAAGAUGAAUCCGUUAAGGUGAGUAGAACUGAGAAGGAUUUCAUACAAAUUCCCCAUUUACAAAAGCAAUUAUUAUUGUCAGCAAUUGAUUCUGUUGAUGCCAACUCUGCCACUGGUGGUAUCAUCGUUUACUCCACUUGUUCCAUUGCUGUUGACGAAAACGAAGCCGUUGUUGAUUAUGCAUUAAGAAAAAGACCAAAUGUCAAAUUGGUUGACACUGGCUUACAAAUUGGUAAGGAAGGUUUCACAUCUUACCGUGGUAAGCACUUUAACCCUAAGAUCAGCUUGACUAGACGUUACUAUCCUCAUACUUAUAACGUUGAUGGAUUCUACGUCGCCAAGUUCAAGAAGAUUUCCUCAUCUAUUCAUGACGAAUCUAAGGCCGGUGCCAGAGAAAAGGAAUCUUUAGCUAGAUCCGAAGCUGAAGAAGAAGGUAUUAUUAACGGAGAUUUCGCUACAUUUGAAGAUGAUGAAGAUAAACCAAUCAUGGACCAAGCUAUAAAGAGAAGUAUGAAGAGAAAGGGUAUAAAUCCAAACGCAAAGAAAUAA